AUGCCACGGGCGCUGUGCCUUCUCCUGGUCGUCCUAGUCUGUCGUUUCCAUCUGCCGCCGCUGAUGAUGAUGGCCGCCGCGGCCACUUUCCCCGGCGUGAUGGCACGGUCAUCAGAUGCUGCACCACAGUCGUCGGACUGCCCUAGCUUGUGCGGCGACGUAGAGAUCCCCUACCCAUUCGGCAUCGGCGACAACUGCUCCUUGCACAACGCGUUCACCAUCACCUGCAACACUAGCUUCAGUCGUCCUCCGAGACCAUACCGGGGCGACUUCGAGGUCAUCAGCAUCUCCGUGGAGACGGGCGAGCUGCGCGUCUUCUCCCCCGUCUCCUUCGUCUGCUACAGCAAGUCGUCGUCCAGCAGCAGCACCCCCAGCAAAUCGAUCGCCUGGUCGUUCCGCCUCCACUCGCCGUUCCUGAUCUCGACGAGGCGUAACGUGUUCACGGCCAUCGGGUGCAGCACGCAGGCGUUGCUGCUGGGCAGGAAGGGCUACUUCACCGGCUGCACCACCACCUGCCAGAGCCUGGAUCUGGCGGCUAAGGACCGCGCCGAGUGCACGGGACUCGGGUGCUGCCAGGCAGCCAUCUCGGGCAAACUUGAUACGAUGCAGAUCAAUUGGGACCGCCCCAGCUACCUGCCGGACAAUCAAGCAUGGACGUUCAGCCCAUGUAGUUACUUCUUCGUGGCAGAGAAGAGCUGGUACGUCUUCAGCCGACAAGACCUCGUUGGAGAAGAGAGCUUCAGCAGGCGGGUGGGAAAUAGGACUAUUCCUCUGGUCCUUGACUGGGCCGUCGGCAACAGGUCCUGCAAUGCAUUCGCAACGGCAGUUUCUCCCUGUGUGAGCACUCACAGCAACUGUGUCAACGCUACACAAGGGCCUGGGUACCUAUGUCGCUGCUCAGAGGGAUACAAGGGCAAUCCCUAUAUCAGCGACGGAUGCAAAAAUAUUAACGAGUGCCUUAUUAAUAAUACAUGUGGCACGGGUAGCAUAUGCCACGACACGCCUGGUGGUUACAAGUGCAUAUGCAAAUUCUGGUACAGACCUUCUGGUGCGGGAUGCCAGCGCAUAUUUUCUACCUCUACAGUAUGGAGAAUCAUAGCAACGUGUGUUCUCGCUUUCCUUAUAUAUCUGGGGAUUAGGGAGAUGAAGAAACGAAAGCAGAGGAAAUUUUUCAACAAGAACGGGGGCGAGAUACUGAAGGAUGUGGGCAUUAUCAUAUUCACAGAAAGAGAGCUGAAAAAGAUGACAAACGGCUACAAGAAAAUCAUCGGGGAAGGCGCCUUUGGCAAGGUGUACAUGGGAACAAGAACAACAAUGGGCGGCACCGAACAAGUCGCCAUCAAGUGCUCCUUCGCAAAAAGCAAGCAACUUCGCCAUGAUGAGUUCCGGAACGAGAUCACCUUCCAGUUUAAGAUAGAUCACGCGAACGUGGUCCGCCUCAUUGGGUGCUGCCUCGAGACGAACGUCCCCAAGCUCGUCUUUGAGUUCGUCCCCAACGGAAGCCUCUGCGACCUGCUCCAUGGCGCGAGGCGUCAGGAGCUCCCGCUGCCGGAGCGUCUGCACAUCGCCAUUGGCGCUGCCGAAGCUCUCUCCUACAUGCACUCUCACGGGGACAUGAACUACAUCGAUCCCACGUACAUAAAGACUGGCCGCUUCACGGAGAAGAGCGACGUCUACAGCUUUGGGGUGGUUCUCUUGGAGCUCAUCACGAGGAAGACGGCCAAGUAUGAUGAGAGCAACAGCCUCCCGAUAGACUUCGUCAAGUGCUGCAAGGAGCAAGGGAACGGAAGGGCAAUGUACGACCGAGAGAUUCUUAUGGCUCAUCAUGCUCAGGAAUGCCUCGACGAGAUCGGCGCCCUUGCGGUACAAUGUCUAAAGGAAGAUGUGGAUGAGAGACCGACUAUGGCACAAGUGUUGAAGCAGCUCGAACAAGUGAAGAUGGAGAAGCACGUGUUGCAAAGUACUCAGGGGUUAAGGUUGGAUGCUUCCCUCAUCACUCCAGUGCCCUCCACUGCACCAGCACACUCCCUAAGUCCUUAG